AUGGCCGAAGCUGCUGCAAUGCUAUAUGGAUUGAAAUGGUGCUCAGCAAAUGGCUUUAACAUAGUUUGGGGAGAAACUGAUUCUCUACUAAUAACAAGAUGCAUAAAUGGAGAAUGGAAACCCCCCUGGAAGAUUGCAAAACUCAUAGAAGAUAUUCAGAAACUAGUUGAAGAGAAUGGAUUUAUCAUCACACACUGCUAUAGAAAAGCUAAUAAACCAGCAGACAAACUAGCUGCAUUUAGUCAUGGAGGUGGUGUAAUCCAAACCUUCAACUUCUUCUCUGAUAUCCCUGCUUCAAUCAAAGGGCUCCUCAACAUGGAUAGAUGGGGUACCCCGUCUUUUAGGAUCAACGCUAUUAAAGACAGCAACCUUGUUUAUGAUCCUCCAUAG